GAAGGACGUCUCCGACCAUGAACCGAGCCACACUUUAUCAGUUAACCGGAGGCGUCGGCGCGUCACGCCGUGUCGCGCUCAGCUCCACCAUGACCCUUUAAUACGACUGUCACUACUGCAUUUAUCUAGACUGAAAGCAACAUAGAUCUCAAGAUAAGACUUAUUUUACUUCACCCCUAUUUUUAAGUGGCCGUAUAUGUGACGUGUGGAUUAUUUUUAAGUGAUUAGAGUUAGUGACAUAACGUUGACCGAGGAUUUAUCAAAUUGGAUUACUCAGGCUCUGCUGUUCUGGAUUGCUUUGGUGCCAGUGGUACAAGUUACAAUAAAGGAUAUAGUAGAAUUAUGAAAAAUUGAUCUGAAAACUGAAAAAAUAUCGUCAAAAUGAGACUGUCAACAAGCGAAGAAGUCCCGAGCACGACGGUGGUCGGGCGUACCAACAGCCCCGGCAACGCGGGCGCGGCCACCGCGGUGCCCGGCGCGGGCGCAUAUGACGUCACGCGCAUGCGCGAGGAGGAGUUCGAGAGGCUCACCGUGUACAUCGUGCCCGAUGUGCCUUGCGAGCGAGGCACCGUCAACAGGGCCGAGAGGACCCUGCCCAGAAGUUUGGCGUUAAGACCGUCUGCAGUAUUAUCGACUCCUAACACACCGACGGAAGGUGUGUGGAGCAUCGGAGUGAUCCCCCGCGGUACCCGCUUUGGGCCUUUUGAAGGCACGCGGACACCCAACAAACCCAAUGACAAAGUUUCGUGGAGAUACUACUGGAGGGUACAGGAAACUGUGAGACAUCACACAUACGGAAAUAUUAAGAUAUUCAAAGACAGCGACUAUUAUUACCUGGAUGGGUCGGACACGAGCGUCGCGAACUGGAUGCGAUACGUGGCCUCAGCGUAUUCGCUCUCCGUGAUGAACCUCGUCGCCUGCCAGCACCAGGAACACAUUUACUUCUACACGAUAAGAGAUAUCAUGCCCAACGAAGAGCUAAUGGUGUGGUACUGCAAGGAUUUUGCAACAAGGCUCGGUUAUGACAUCGAUCCUGAACGAGCCACUUAUUCUAUCUGCAAAGAAGAAACUAUCAAAAAAGCUUAUGGCUUGCCACCAGCACCCGUUCACCCUGAAAUCGCAUUCAACCACAUGAAAUAUGUUCUGGGCUUAACAAAUGCCAAGGAGUUAUUAGAAGCUGAAAUUCCUAGUCGCCGAAGAAAACGAGAAGCGACUGACAAACCUUUUAUUGAUAAUUCUAAUUUAAUUUCCCGUGAAGAACCACGAAGCAAAAAUGAGAGAACAAUUGUUCGAACUGAUAUUUCUUCUAACAAACCAGAAAGCCCCAUUAUUCCUGAACAAACACCGCUAUCGCCAAAUGGAUUAAUGCAACCACCAUCACCUGUGAAAAUGCACAGACAUUCCGAAAAUCCAACUCUGAUUAUUCAACACAAAGAAAGCACAUCACAUGUUGUUAUACAUCAAAUGGAGAAUCCCAGAGCAUACAGCAAUAGGUCACCGGCUCAAAACCAACAUCUUAGAGAUAUGCGCGGACCAUCUCCUAUGGCGCAAAAUCAUCAUCAUCAAGAUAAAUUGGGAAGCAAAUCUCCAAGCCUAACCCACUGUGGGCCGCCUCAUUAUGAACCGCAACUAACACCCAAUGAUGGUUCGGUGCGAUCAGACGAGGGGUACCAUAGCAAUGGCUACCAUGAUGAAUUCACACCUCCCGAAGAUUCAAGCGACUCUGAUGUUGAAAAUUAUGUCUUGGAUUGUUCGAACAAAACAAAUGAACCUAAAGAAACCGUUAUUGUUCAAAAGAUGGACCAAGAAAUGCAUCGCAACGAAUAUAGGAAAGUUAAAAUUAAAAUGCCUAGAGCGUAUCAGUAUCAAAACCUCAAAGACAUGGAUUGUGAAAGUGAAAAAGAAUUAAUGAUAGCCGAAGAAGUUGCCAAUACAACGCCACAAAAUCUGUCACCUCCACGGCGAGACCCCGCUACAUCAACGGUGAUAGUACUUGAACCGUCUCAAAAUACUAUAAUACCAGUCAAUAAACCAUACUACGAAGACGGCACUUUAUCACCUUCUCCGCAACCGGCUUUCAUGAGAUACUCACCCCCCGAUACGCGGAUUUUGGAAACGAUUCUUACUGGCAAUCGUAUCGACACAAAUAAUAACGAUCCUAGCAGAAGGCAACCAAAUGCUACACCCCCACCAUCUUCGCCUACCGAAAUGGCAUAUUCAUACAAGAAAAGUCAAAGAUAUGGCAACGCAUGUAGCCCGGAUUCAAGUUCAAACCUAACUCCAUUACCGUCUCUGCUGCCACUACCUCAACAGCUACCCGCGCCGGCCGCGGCCUCAGUGUACUCAUCGUCUCCUCCGCACUCCAUACCACAUACUACAGAAAUAAGAGAGAUUAGAGAAAUUAGGGAAAUUCGGGAAACCCGCUAUGAAAGCCACUACCCAAAUUAUUAUAAUCUUUACUCACCGCCAAAUUCAACUAUCAUCACACAACUAGGAUCUCCACCGAAUACAUACUCACCUACAGUAACUUCUUCGCAUCAAUAUGAAAGAUCUCAAAACGCUCAAAAUAAUCAUCACUAUCCAUCAUCAACGAGCGUUAUAACGCUGAAAAAUUGUUCACAAUUGAGUUUGAUACAAAAUUCAAACAUGAAUAGUCAAAUAAUACCUCCACACGGUAGUAUGAGCCCGGAUGGCUCGUGUGGAUUAAUGGUGGCGCCAAUCAGCCCGAACUCACAAGCUUCGCGGGGGUACAGAAGUUUACCGUACCCACUAAAGAAGAAAGAUGGAAAAAUGCAUUACGAAUGCAAUGUUUGCUGCAAAACUUUCGGGCAGCUUUCUAAUCUUAAAGUUCACCUGAGAACACAUUCAGGUGAGCGACCAUUUAAGUGCAACGUGUGCAACAAAUCGUUCACUCAGCUCGCACAUCUACAAAAACACCACCUAGUACACACCGGCGAGAAACCACACCAAUGUGAUAUUUGCAAGAAAAGAUUUUCAUCAACAUCGAAUCUAAAGACUCACCUACGCUUACAUUCAGGACAAAAGCCUUAUGCGUGCGACUUGUGUAUGCAGAAAUUCACUCAGUUUGUACACUUGAAACUUCACAAGAGACUGCAUACGAACGACAGGCCGUACGUCUGUCAAGGCUGUGACAAAAAGUACAUCAGCGCAUCUGGACUACGCACACACUGGAAGACCACUAGCUGCAAGCCUAACAACAUUGAGGAAGUCCUGGCGAUCACUAAUGCUGCCAACACCGAAUGCAUAGGUACCGUCGACAAAGACUGCCACGACAGAGAGGGGCACGAGGCAUACGAGGUGCACUCUCCAUCGCAGGGAGGGCUGGUGGGCAACGGUGGGGCGCGAGUGAUGUCGCACAGCGAGGCUCUGCUGGGAGGGCACGCGCACACCACCACGCCUCACCUGGUCACGGCGCAGCUGUCGCCGCAGUACCGCGCGCUGCCGCCGCCGCCGCCGCCCGACCACGACCCGCCGCAGCACUACGCCGCCGCCGGCGAGCCGCGGCCCAGCGUCAUCGAGUCCAGCCAGCCCCUCAUCAUCGAGUGUACCUGAGACCCACCUCCCGGGCCGUGCCAGGCAACCGUCGGACGCGAGUUUCCCCGCCGCACAAUGUGAUUCCAGUUUUGUGAUCAAACGAAAGUAUUUGUGUAAGGACGAUCGAUGACGAGCUGACAAGCUCGUUGUGUCGAGUGGCUAUGAGAUUACGAUACGAACUUUACGUUGUACAUUUGUAAAAUAUAGGUUUAUAAUAAGUGCGAUGCGACGUUAAUAAGUACUAAGUACUUACGUAGUUUUAGACCCUUACGGGUGAUGUAUUAUAUUAUUUUAAGCAUUUGCAUAGUUUUAUAUAAGAAAUCAGCAGCCCUUGUUUAUAUAAUGCUCAAUUUUAUACAUUAAAGUAGAAUUCUAUUGUAAAUAGGAUUUUUGUGACAUCGAGUUUAUUUAAUUUAAAAAUCUAUGCAAUGUAAAUAAAUAUACCGAUUACACAUACGACGUGCAAGCAAGCAUUUUGUAACAUAAUUAAAUCUUUUAUGUAAUUGAAAAUUAUAAUAGACUUUUUCUAUUUAUAUUCUGAGGAUAUACUUUGUAAACAUCCACAAGCACAACCAUUUUUCAAAUUUCACCAAAGAACGGCUAACCCAUGCCAUUUACAAAGUUUUCUUCACCGUCAUCAAUAAUUUCUUUAACCUAUUUGUCUCUAAUCAACCCAAGUUAUGUUACAUUACAUACAAAAACAUCAAACAAUUAGUGCUAAGUGCCAAAUGAGCACGUUAAUAUAUUUUAAGUUAUCCUAAAAAGUUUGAAUAGUAUUUUAAAUCAUUGUUCCUAACGAAUAAUUCGGAGAGUAAGCGCAUAUGUGCGUCAAGUUAAUUCUAAUGAUAUUUAGAUUUAAAUCCACGGAUUGUGUACAUUAUCCCUACGCUAGAACAAAUGGUGCUUCACAUCGUAGAUUAGUAGUCGCAGCGUCCAGCCUUCUGCGGACAGACGGACUAUUUACUACAUGUAAUAUUAAUUACACCGAGUCUACUAGUUACUAUUUUAUAUUCCAAAUUUCAAUUAAUUAUGAUUCUCCUAUUUGAAAAGGCUGAGAUAAAUAUAAUGUAAUGUUUGGCGAAUAUAUGCGUAAGCGAUGGUUUGCAUGAUGUGUAAGCGUCGAGCGCCGCGGAAAUUAUUGGACUAAUAAGAUUCAGCUUAUACGUGAUGUAAAACCAAACGAUAGCUUUUUGUAUAUUUCUAUUGUUCGUACGAUUAAGGUUUUUUACAUGCAACCCCUUGUAGAUUUAUUACCUGUAUAUUUUAUACCUACGAUUUACAAAGCCAAUUUUGUAUUAAAAUGUUAGGAGGAUUUAUUCAGAUUAUUUCUAUUGUUUUGAUACGCACAAAUUAUGUGCUAAUUUUGGUAUCAAGUAGGAAGAGAGUUGAAUCUUUGAAUAAUAUUUUUCGUUAAAUUGAUGAGCAAUUUAGUCAAAUUAAUAAAGUUGCAAUCAAAGACAACUUGAGUAUUUCCUCGUGGCUAUUGUACCUUAUUACGUACCUUAAAUGUUUUCGUUGUCAUAAUCUUAAUAAAUGUCUUUGGUAUUUGAUAGAAUUUAUAUAUUUGUAAAGGUAAUGUACAGGGUUCAAAGGGUGUCUGCUGAAAAGAGCUGGUCACAUGAUCGAUCAGCUAAAAUAUAUGGAUAAUUCUGUUAACAACUAAUGGUGUUCUUAAAUUUUCAGUAAAUCUGACUUUCCCGUCAAUAAUUCUGAUUUAGUCUUAAUUAAAUCAGAAUUCAAAAACUUGGUGAAUUGGUCAGGUUUAAUAAUUUAAAGCAAAAUUAGUUUCUUAAUCUGUUUAGUAUAUUCUAUCAUUUACACUUUCAAGUAGGUACUUUAUACUUACAAAAUCAAAAUACUUGUUUGCUACUGUAAUCAUUAUAAAUACAGAAUUUGUAAUAAUAUUUCUAUUACAUUAUUAUAUCAUGUACUUCCAAACAUCAAUAUCAAUAUACCUAGGUAUUGUUAAACUGGUAACUGUUUAAACCAAACUUCCUUAUAAGUUUAGUGAAUUGAUAGAAAUAUCGUAAAUUAUUAUCAAUCGUAAGAACUUCUCGCCAUUCCUUAUAUUAUUCAUAGCUAUAUUUUUUUGUAAUAUGUACUUUGCGAGGUAUCUGUGUGGUAAGUCCGCUGCACGCUUAGUCAAUCUAUAUCUACCUACCUAUAGUUGUUGUAAUUCACGAAGGCGAGUGAGCUUUACUUGUGUGGUGGCUCACUACUGUUGGCUUUUCAAAAGUUUUGAUAGACAUUACACUAUCGUUAUGUGUUACACGUACACACUCGCCUUCGUGAGUUGCAAGAACUAUACUUACUUACUGGUAUACUUGUCAGCAGACUUAUAAAAUCAGUUCCCGCGCGCACAACUUUAAAAUAAAAACACAAUGUUAAUAUUUAAAUUAAAUAUUUGUAAAGAUAUUUCACUCAAUAUGUAAUUUCGGUCUGCUGACAUUGGAUUAAUUUGAUUAAUAUGUUACCUUUUUAUUUAUUUUCUCUGUAAAUAAACCAAUGAUGGGUUAAUCUUUAAUCGGUAUUUUCUUAAAUUGUAAUAAAUCAGUCAUAAUACCAUCAUAACUAUAUAAAAGUCUUGUAUAAAAUUAAUAACAUCUAAGGAAGAUAGAUCAUACAUAAUAUAAGUACAAUACCUAACUACAGUACAGCAAAGUAAGCAAUAUAAUAAAAAUGUAUGUAUCACGAUAACUUCAGCUACAGUAUUUAUAAUGUAAAGGACUCGCCUACACCUUGUAAUGAGCAAUGUAAAUUUAAUGCGCCAGAAACUUACCUACUGUAAGGCCUGUAAUUUUGUACACCUUGAUCAAUGAUUGUUUCAAAACACCAAAUCCAUUAAAAGGAGUAAAAAUA